CGUCGCAAGGAAAAAUCUACCAUGGCUCUAUGCAUGUGGGGCGACAAGUAAAAACUCUUGAAUUAUUGUCAGACAAGUCGACGUACAGUAUGAAGAGAGAUUCGAAUUUCGAAAUUCGACUGUUCCACAUAAGCUCAAACGCUAGAAUAACAAGUUCGCCAGAAGUCCACACCAUGAAAGAAGAAUAUAAUCACAAUCUGUCAGCGUCGGUAGACCUAGCUUGGUGAGAACAUGGAAAAUCUAUCAUUCUUGUUGGGAGACCCAAACACAAAGUCUCAUACUGUUUUUUUUUCUAAAACAAGUUGGCAAUAUUGAACCAUAGGAUGACACGUAUGAUGUCACCCAGAUUUCAAAAAUUCAAAUUCAACAUGUAGUAUGCCAAGAAAACAAAUAGUAUUAUCCCCGGCUCGAUCUGUCAUUUUGAGCUAUAAUAUCCACUAAUUCACCACUAAACUUUAUAUGUCACAUGUCAAGCCAUGCCAUCUGGUCAAGUGGACUAUCGAUCAUAUCAGAUGCUACAUGACAUCUCGCACAUUGAUUUCGCGAUCGGAUGGCGCACGAGUCACUUUUCCCCCUUGUUGGGGAAGAGAAGUUGGCACCACAAUCCGUGGCGCGAAAGCAAUGUUCAUGUCAUCACCGGCGGUGAUGCGGUCGGCUCGCCCGGGGCGGGUGGCUGGGCCUCGUCGGUGCGUGCUGGCGCGGGCGUCCUCGAUGAUGGCGGCACCGGCGGCGGUGCCCACAGGGAGGACGCACUACGAGGUGCUCGGGGUGAGCGCGGGAGCCAGCAGGGGGGAGAUCAAGAUGGCGUACCGGCGUCUGGCCAGGGAGGUGCACCCGGACGCUGCUGGUGGCGGCGGCGACGAGGGGUUCAUCCGGCUGCACGCGGCCUACGCCACGCUCGCCGACCCCAAUGAGCGCGCGCGCUACGACCGGGACGUGGCCUGCCGCGCUGCGGGGAUGAUGAUGCAGCGGGCGCCUGCGAUGUCCGGGCCGGCGUUCCGGCGGAGGACGUGGGAGACCGACCAGUGCUGGUAGAACGUGCAGCAACACAAACACGGCAGCCCUCCGGGCUCCCAACCGGCAAUAAUACUAUACUCACGGG